AUGCCGUCGUCGUCGUCGUCGUCGAAGAAGAAGAAAAAAUACUACGCCGUCGCGGCGGGCCACAAGACAGGCGUUUGUGAGUCGUGGGAUGAGUGCAGCCGCUACGUGACGGGGUUCCCGCGGGCCCGGUUUAAGUCCUUCAAGACGCUGGAGGAGGCGCAGGCGUUUCUUGCCGCGGAGGACGCCGCGAGCAACAGGGGCGCCGCGAAGGGCGCGGAAGAUGUUGCGUGUGACGCGGCGCCCGCGCUCGGCGGGAAACGUCGGCGUCAUUCCCCUGCGUCGUCGGCCUCCUCGUCGUCGUCGGCGCUGUCGCUGGUGGAGGACAUCGCGGGGGAGAGGGGGAUGCUGCAGCGCGUUUCCCGGGACUGGGUGCGGGCGCGGGAGCUGGAGGCGGUGGAGGUGUACGUCGAUGGGGCAUGCCGCGCAAACGGCAAGGGAAGGCUCGCGUGUGGCGGGUACGGCGGCUUCUAUGGGGAGAACGACCCGCGGAACUUCUCCCUCCCGCUUCCCGCCGCCGAGCCGCAGACAAAUAACCGGGCGGAGCUGCACGCCGUCAUCCACGUCCUCCGCACCGCGGUCGAGGCGGAGUCGUGCUACAACCUGCGCGUCUUCUCUGAUAGCGCGUACACCAUUCGCGGCGCUGACUUUUACAUGCAAAAGUGGCUAAGAAACGGGUUUUGGGGCUCCAGUGGGUCGAGUGUGGCGAACUGCGACCUGUGGCAGACGCUAAACAGCGUGCGCUCCAAGCACGCGGGCCUCUACAGUGACCUGCUGGUGGCUGAGUUUGGUCUGCUGCCUGCGCUGGCGCGGCGGCUGGCACGGCGGCUGGCGCUGCAGUUGGUUCAUGUGAAGGGGCACGCUGGUGUCCGCGGGAAUGAAAUGGCGGACCGUCUGGCGGUGAUGGGCGCGCUCCACAAACGCUCCGCGGAGGACAAGUGA